AUGGCAAGUACUGGCGACGAUGAGAGAGUGGCAGGAGAAACAGAGCACGUCUUGAUCUUACCGGAUGGGCGACGACUAGCAUAUGCGCAUAACGGCCCAAAGACAUCACGUACGGUGGUGAUUUUCUUCACCGGGCUGUUUAGCGUUGGAUCCGCAGCAAGAGUUCCAGAGCCAUGUCGCGAGGUUGGAGCGCAUUGGAUUGCCCCAACAUUAUCGGGCAUGGGCAACAGCAGUACGCGAGACACUUCUGUUCCUUACCAAGUAUGCCUGGCGAAAGACAUGAUCGCCCUUCUCCAUUUUUUGUACCCCACAGAUGAGUUUGAUAAACUGUAUAUUGCGGGUGGAUCUUACGGGACGGUCCCGGCGCAAAUGCUAUACGGAGCAGGCUACGACUUAUUCCCAGCUGGACGCAAAAUUGCAGGAUGUCUCCUGCUGGCCGGCUUCUCUCCUUUACACUAUCACGAGGGCUAUGCGAAGACACUGAACUGGCAAAAUUGGUUCUCAUUUGGACCACCUACGCAGUUUAUCCCUUUUCAUCUGCUUCAAUGGGUUUUCCGGGUCGCUAUUGGGUCCAAGCUGAAGUCUCUGGAUGGCACUAGGAGUUUUUUACAUAAAACGCUCAUCGCUAAUAUGGAUGAGAAAGAGAGGUCAACAAUGGAAUCUUGGCUAGAGAAGAGUUCAUUGAAAGAGGAUGAAUUUAUUGACCAGAUGGCCAAGGGGACGAUGAAGUGUUGUCUCAACUGGGACGGGUUCAUGGAAGUAUCGGACAUUAUCCACUCCGAUUGGGGGUUCGAUCCGAGGAUGCUUGAUGAUCAGCACGGAUCUAAGCCUAUCUUGAUAGUCGGGUCAAAAAGCGAUCAGAUUGGGGGAAGCACCAAUUCCUGGCUUUUGAAAAAUUACCGAUCGGCGACGCUGAAAUUGAUUCCCGGGGGUCACAUCUCGUCUCUCUUUUAUAUGGAUGAGCUUUGGAGAGAUCUGAUGAGUAUGGUCUGA